UCUUCCUCACUUUUUCUUCUUCCCUUUUAAUAAUCGCCUCCUUCCCCAUCUCCUUCGCUAUAUAGUUCUUUCUUCUAUCUGUCUCUGCAUCUGCAUCAGAAACUUCAAUUUUUCUCUCUUCCAAUUUCUCUACUCAGAUCCUUCGCCAGCUUUUCAAGAUGAAUACUAGAAGUUUUCAGCUUUUCAUGGUCUUGGCUCUCUUGGCCACCUCAUGUAUCGCUCAAUCGCCGGCUCCUGCACCGACGGUGACACCACCUCCACCGCCAGCACCAACACCAACACCGUCUCCACCUCCAUCAACACCACCCCCAGCACCAACCCCACCGCCCGCCACUCCACCGCCCGCACCAACCCCACCGCCCGUCUCUCCCCCAACUCCGACCCCCGUCACUCCUCCCACAGCCGAGCCUACUCCCGCUCCCAGCUCUUCUUCCUCCCCACCUGCUCCCCCGAGCGGCACCCCCUCCGGCCAACCCGCAGCGCAGCCGAGCGCCGACUCUCCCCCUUCUGGAAACGGAAGCUUCGAUGCCGGGUGGAUCAACAGGGCUUUCGUUGCCGCAACCGCCAUUGCUGGAGUUCUCUUUGCCGGCGUCGUUUUGGCUUAGAGGUAUUAAGAGUAGCCGGCGGCUUUUGACUUUUAUUACCUUUUCUUUCUUACAUGUUGAUGAUUCACGAGAUCUGUCUUCUUGAGCUGUUUUCCUACUGUUGUCACCUUUUCUUAUCUUUAUUUCGUUUGUUCAGGUUAUUUAAUUUCACUCUCUGUAUUUUUUUAUGUGUUAAUGAUUCCAUUAUUUGGGUUGGGGAUGGAGCUGAUGAUGAUUUUAAUGGAGGGUUGGGAUUUGGUUGUAGAGAUGGGUAAUUGGUGUAAAUCAAAUAACAGUUGAAUAAAACAGUUUCUUAUUCUUUUUU